UUCAAGCCGUUCAAAUUUGUUUUGUCCAUAUUUUGUGAUGAUAAGUUAACGUACAGAUAUUUUUUAUAUUUGUGUUAUUAUUUGUAGAAACGCAAUGUGUUGUUAUUUAGUUGAUGUAUUUGUAACUUAGGAGAGUAAUGAGUAAACCGGACAAAAGGGACUUCGAAGAUAGAUACUCGGCUUGCUUUGUCGAUUUUGGCAUGAAAACAACGAUAGGCGUCCUAUUAGGCAGCAUGGUGGGCAGCUUCUUCAUGCGCAGCUACCGGCGGUGGCCAAUGUUCGUCGGCGGCGGGCUCGGCUUCGGCAUGGCCUACACCAACUGCGAGAACAGUCUGAAUAACUUCCUGCUGGCUAUGGACCCUAAGGCUUGCAUUAUCAAGAAGCAGCCGUGAUGUCUUUUAAGUUUAAGGCGUCGGUCAAGCAUGAAAUUGUUCCUGUAAAAACUGUAAUCUUAAUAGUUUUAAAUAUAAAAUAAUAUUUCUGUAAAAUGGACCUGAACACUUUUAUUAUAACAACAUUAAUGUUUUCAUAAAAAUCGCAAUAAAUUAAAAAACUAAAUCCGUAACCGA